AUGCCGUCGUUGGCGAAUGCUGCACGAACACACACUGAUUUUGUUCGCCUCUUUCAAAAGAGGGAGGCGGAGCAACGGAGCAAACGGCCAGAUGUGCUCGACGCCUCACAGCAUGAAACGUUGCGCAAAAACCUCGACGAGUUGAAAUUCAUUCCCCCUGUCUGGGCUGAUUCGACGCAGCUGGGUGUCUACCUCGUAGCAAAAAAAUGGAAAAAUUACUGCGAAUCCAACAACCUCGGCGACUGGAUAUCCGUCUUGAAAGAGACUGAAAACAUCAAAGCCAUUGCCAUGGACUUUUUGCUAUGGAUCUGCGAAAAUGGGGCAAUCAACUCCUACGGCACUACCUGGGGAUAUUUUCGACGCUUCAAGCAGUUGUUUGUGUUAACCACACGACGGGAUUUUGCGAAGAUUGACACUAUGGAGGUUGACAAGUGGCACAAGACAGUCGUUAUCCCUCGUUUCAAGCUGCAUCCUCCCAACAUGAAAGAGCAGCCAGUUGUGAAUGCCGACGACCUUCACGCUCUCCUGGUCUUCAACAUAGCCUUCGAUCGUGGUAUAUUCGCAACGGAACGCCAUCGAGUCAUCAACCUCCCGGGAAUCUGUCAAGCUUUGUCGGGCACAGGUGCUAGGCCUGCGGAGUUCGUCUUCAACGAGAAAAGGGUCCCAAACGGGAAGUUAAGAAAGCAACUGUUCGGGGAUAAUGGACACGACGAUGAUGAUGACGAUGACGAACAAUGCCUAGACGACGCGUCGAAGGCUAUCCAGAAGCUGCUACGCCAAGAGACGGUGGGAAGAGGUCGUCCGAAGUGUUUAUGCUAUGAAGAUAUCCGCCUAAUCGCGCUUCGCGAUCAGGCGGAUGGAGGCACCACAUUUGGCCUGGCAAUGAAGCUGAUCCACCAUAAAGGAGAGGAUAGAAAGCCUAAGCCGCAAGUCAAACCUCCACAUCCCUUGCUAGCACGUCGACCCAUAUUCUGCUUAAUCAACACAGUCAUUGUGGCCGCCCUUCGUGAUGGAGCAUUCGCUGCAAAAGGGCUGACGACAGCGGCAUCCAUUUACAACCUCCAAAUCCCAAAAAGAAUGCAGUGUCUGCCUCUCCGUUGGAAGGAAGAGUGGCUGAAACGACCCAUAUUUCGAAUGUGUGGCACGUCCGACCCAAUUUCAGAACCGCCAAUGACUUACGACAAGUUAUCAUCGGACCUCAAAAGACAAAGCCUCGAGGCAGGGUUUGAGCAUGCUAUCACCCCUCGGGCGUUCCGUCGUGGGGUUUCAAACGCCAUCAAUGGCCAGGCUUCAGAUGCUGUCCGUGACCAAGCUAUGCGACACGACCCAAAGUGGGCGACCUUUAACAGCGCGUACAUCAAUCAACAUGUCAAAUUUGACGUCCAGAGCGCAUUCUUGAAUGAGCCGACCCAAGAUAGCCUCAUCAAUCUGAUGGGGCAUAUGAGCUUGACCAGAGAUCCUUCGGCAAAACGGAAUAUGGUACCGCCAGAGGUCUGGGACUCCUUGCCUAUAGAUCCUGAGAUACUUGCAUUAGAAAGAGAACGAGAAACGCUCAAGGCCGGCCAUUACGAUAUCCACAACAAUCCUAAAGAGGAUAUCAUUCGUGAGCUCACGACACAGAUUCGACAGAAGCGCGAUAAGAGAAGCAAGGAUGUCCAAGAACAAUACCGUCGAUAUUACUUCGAGAACAAACCGAACUGGGACAUCGAAGAACAACUCGCUGGAGCGGACAUAACAGAGUUGGAAGAAGUGAAACCGGAGAUCAACCUCCACAUACCAGAAAGACAGAAACUUGCAGAGAUCUUGCUUGAGGAUGCGAUACCGACAUCAAGUAUCGCUCGGAACGCUCUGUGGACGAGAGUCGCGGAUCUGAUGGUUGCCCUGUGUCAGAAACGCGAGAUGCCAAUAUCAGCGAAGCUUCCUUUGUCAAGCUCGGCACCAAGUGAGACCCAGAGGUUGCCUGUAAAGCCUCCCAUUACCAAGUACGUCUGUCCACGGUGCGUUGGUGACAGGAGACUGCCCGACAGUCAGAGAUACUACAGCUACGCUCGUGCUUCUGUAAUGAGGAACCAUUUCGAAAGACAGCACUUGCGGGAGAUGACAGUACUUGAGAGCCGAAGUCAGAUCACUUGCGUGGUACCUGGUUGUACCUCCGCAGGAGUGAAGUUCGAAACCCUCGAUGCUUACAGGAACCACGCGGAGAAGGAUCAUGGCUUCUGGCUCGCACCGAGCACCAGGCGUCGCAAGGGACGGAAAGCAUACGACUUCUGAGACACUUGAUGAGAGCCAUUGAGUUACUGGCUGAUGGAAAAGGACAUUUGCUACAAAG